UGACAUGUUUCUCAGUGCAGGGCUGUGGCAAGUGGGCGUGCAGUGAGGCAGCGUUCAGAAGAGCAGCUCAUCGUCCCCCUCUCGCCUGGUCUGAGUGGCUCUUGGGUGAGGAGCUGAUGGCAGAUGACUCUGGGUGUCUCAUCUGAUCGACAAGGAUCUCCUUAUGACAGGCACCAGGAGCAAGAGAAGGACAGGGAGAAAGCUAACUAUUUCGCCUGGUGCGGGUGAUGAGUUUACACAGUGAAAAAGCCACCUGUUGAUCUUUGACUCAUUCAACAAAGAAGUCACGUCAAAUACUAACCUGAAAAAUUCCUGACCCCUGGCUGCAUUCACAACCAUGGAAAACUUCAUGGCACCGCUGAGCACCGUCAGUGAGUUGGCGCUUCAGCAGAGCAAGGCCAAGCUCCUCCACCGCAAGGUGAGCGGUCCCUCCCGGCGCAAGCGGGAGUUCAUGCCAGAUGAGAAGAAGGACAAUAUGUACUGGGAGAAGAGGCGCAAGAACAACGAGGCGGCCAAGCGCUCACGGGAGAAGAGGCGCCUCAAUGACUUCGCCAUGGAGAGCCAGUUGGCUGCUCUCAGUGAGGAGAACGCCAUCCUCAGGACAGAGCUGCUGUCCCUGAAGCUGCGCUUUGGGCUCAUCAGCCCAGACGCUAGCACCUACCAAGGUCACUCUCUCCAAGACUUUCUGGGAGUUUUUUUCAGAGGGCACAGAGCAGCCUCUCCACUCCUGGAAGCUGAGCCCUUUGCUGGGGAGUCCUGCUUCUUCAGAACCAAGAGCUUUGUGCCAAAGGUGCUGGAGCCAGCUGAUUUUUCUUGCAAAACCUUUGGCCCAUCCAGAAACGUCCUUGGCUGUGACUCAAAACCAACUCCCAUGGACACACCUGGCCUUCAGCAGCCAAAGAGGCUUGAUGCAGGCUUCGGACCCACAGUUUGCCCUCCAUUCCUCAAUUACCACUGCCCGGACAAAUACGCUUUCCAUUUGCCCUUCUCAGGCAGUGCCUGCUUCUUGUGCCCUUCCCCGUGUUCAGCUGAGGCGAGCAAAGAAAACACCACAACUGUCUCAGAUGAAGAUGAUGAGCAACAAGUGCCCAAAACUUCUCCUCUGCCCCCAUGCAGCCUGCCCUGUCCUUCAGAAGAUCAUUCGAAGGGCCGAAGCUAUGCUGCCCUACCUCACAAGCUCCGGAUUAAGACCAAAGCCCUCAGCAGCUUGGAGGAAUGUGGCCUGGACUCCCACUGAGGGAGCAGAGGAAGGGCCCUCAGUGGGGCCAGUGUAAGACCUUCCAAAGACGUGAAGGGUUUGGAAGGAGGGUGUGUGGGGGGAAUGUCUUAUACUUUAAAGAGGGAAGUCAUUUUCUCUGCUUUGCAUAAAUAAUAAGGGAGUUUAUAGGGCUGGGCUGCAUCACUACAGCACAACUGCAGCUGGCCAUAAUGUUCGUCUUACUGGGUGAGACCUGCCAGACCCUGCGGUCUGAGUUUUACCUGUCUGCUCUGCUCAUGAAACCACGCUAAAAUUUGAGGUGUGAAGGGACCAGAGGCAGGAAGAGGCUAAGAGAGUGGAGGUGGUGGCCACACCACGUAACACAACUACAGCUGCCUGGGGUGACGACCAUUUUAAUUACCUUUGCUUCAUCAUCACGUUCAUCCUCACAAAUGUGCCUGAAGUCUUAAUUGUUUGACAUGGGAAACUGUUGAUGGAAACAGUCUGAGACCCUCAUUUGUCUGAAGCAAGAAAAAGGGAUAGUCAUAAACAGGCGGCGAAUUUACACUGUCGUGAAAUGACAGCAGAACCUAGUCCGUUUUAUUCCCAGUUUAUCAUAAUUUAUCUUCCGAGAGAAUGAACUCUUUGACCAGACACAGAGUGGUCCAGAAGAUAGUUUCAUCAACCUUUGCAAUUAUUAUUUUGGAGGACUAAAUGUUUGUUUUUUACUGAAAUGCAAAACCUAUUUUAGUUUUACUUCGUUACUUUCAAAUAAGGCAUUUUCAAAAAUGCUAUUUCUAUAUUUGGAAAUUGCCUUUACAAAACAUUCUCUCACCUUUAGCUGAGUUGGC